UAGAGAUGGCGCAGUGUGAUACGCCACAAACUGCCAACAGUUUUGAGGUAAAAGGCCAGAUAUUUGAUGUUGGUCCACGUUACUACGACUUGAACUACAUCGGAGAGGGUGCUUAUGGGAUGGUUUGCUCUGCGCAAGACCGUGAGAUGGGUUCAGUAGUUGCUAUAAAGAAAAUUAGCCCGUUUGAACACCAGACAUAUUGUCAGAGAACCUUAAGAGAAAUAAGAAUCCUCACUCGAUUUCAGCAUGAAAAUAUCAUUAACAUAAUGGAUAUCAUUAGAGCAGAGAAGAUGGAGGCUAUGAAGGACAUAUACAUUAUCCAGUGUAAAAUGGAAACUGAUUUGUACAAGCUCCUUAGAGUUCAGAGACUGAACGGACAAGCGCUGAGUAAUGACCACGUGUGUUAUUUCUUGUAUCAGAUUCUGCGGGGUCUGAAGUACAUACACAGUGCUAACGUUCUGCACCGGGACCUCAAACCUUCCAACCUUCUGCUCAACACUACCUGUGAUUUAAAGAUUUGUGAUUUUGGACUAGCGAGAGUAGCGGAUCCUCAUCAUGAUCAUACCGGGUUCCUGACAGAAUACGUCGCUACCAGGUGGUACCGGGCACCGGAGAUCAUGUUAAACGCCAAAGGUUACACUAAAGCUAUCGACAUUUGGUCCGUCGGUUGUAUCCUAGCUGAAAUGCUCUCUAAUCGAGCCAUCUUCCCUGGCAAGCACUACCUCGACCAGCUCAAUCACAUUCUUAACAUUCUGGGAUCUCCCAGUGCCGACGACUUGAUGUGCAUCAUAAAUCACAAAGCCAGGAGUUACCUGCAGUCACUUCCCCCUAAGGGCAAAGUACCCUGGAGAAGACUUUAUCCUAACGCUGACUUACAAGCUCUGGAUCUACUUGACAAGAUGUUGACAUUCAACCACCACCACAGAAUUAAUGUUUGGGAUGCUCUAGCUCAUCCUUACCUGAGACAAUACUACGACCCCCAUGAUGAGCCAGUCGCAGAUAAGCCAUUCACUCUUGAAGCGGAGGUAGAUGACGAGCCAAAGGAGAUUCUGAAAGCCAAAAUAUAUGAAGAGAGCUUAGGCUUCCCUAGCACCUGUUAUAACGGUGAAACACCUUCGAAACCUUAGACGCGGGAAGCAGAUAGUAGAGAUUUUAACCGGCGGCAGAACCUCGUGGUGGGCAGAUAACUUAUUAUAUCACGAAUACAAAGUUGACAGACAGUUCACAUUGUUCCUAGUAUCAAGUAAUCGUCGUCCACGGCUCUGCUCUAUUUUUCAUAAAUAUUUUGUUUUAUUGUCAUGAAAAUAAACUUAUCUAAGGAAUAUACGGACGCAUUGUUAGGUUCAAUAUUAUUUGACACCUUGAACGGACGAAUAUUUAAAUUGGUUGUUGGUGUGAUAUAAUCGGGGUGAAAAAGCCUAUUUUGAAUGAGAACCUUUCUUUUCUAUAUAACUAUUAGGAUUCUAAUGAUGAUGAUGUUUGUUAAUUCAACGUGUCCCGGGGCGGGCAUGAAAUUUGUUUUUAAAGGAAGAUCUUUGGCGGAAAGAUCGCCAUAUUAUUCGAAUGUUAAUUUUUCAUGCAUGUUUGAUGACACGUUCAUAGUGCAACAUCCAUUUUUACCGCACAAUUACACACAGAGUUACACAUUUAGAUUUGAAUUGCAUACUUUAUUUUUUAUACGAUUUCCUGAAUAGAGAGCUGCAGCCAUAAUAAUAUUUUACUAACCUACGUAACCUGGUAAUAAUCCGCUUUAAAAUGAGAUUGAUUUUAGAAUAAUCAUUAAUCUACCUAAUAUUUUCUUUUAACCCAAUCAAAUAUUCAAAUUGCUGUGCUGACUUUGCAGAUAAAAUAUGUUCAAAUUUGUGUCUAGUAGAUUGUAUAGAUAAUUAAGAUGUGUUGCUCAGUUGCUUGUUUCAGUCAUAUAAACAUGGCCUAAAGCUCAAGCAAUUCCAGAUAGAUUGGCUAUUUCAUUAGUUUAAACUAUUAUCAUAUAUAAGUUAACGACAUAUUUGGUUGGCGAUAAGUCUGUGGCAAAUUUCAACAUAACCUAUUUUUAACCUCACAAGAUUUCGAGAGUAAGGAACUUCUUAUCAUAUCAUAUGGAGCUUGUGUUUGAAACGUGAAAUAUGCCACUAAGCUUUAUCAGCCUCAAUUGUAUAUACUUUAAUGAGAUUUGGUAAAAAAGAGCUUGAUAAAGUGAUAUAAAAGUGAUAAGAUAUGCACAAGUUAAAACAUAACUCAUAGCAAGUGCUCCUUAAUCGGUUUUAAUUUUAUAUUUGUUGAAUAUUUCUCUGAAUCUCAAAA